AUGGCUUCGCUUGCUACGUCCACCUCGGACCGUGCCAAGAUCAACCAGAUGCGGAGGGAUUCCACUGUGUUGGGUCCAAUGAACAAGAUUCUUGUUGCCAACAGAGGUGAGAUUCCCAUCAGAAUCUUUAGAACCGCCCACGAGUUGUCAAUGCAGACAGUGGCCAUCUAUGCCCAUGAAGAUAGAUUGUCCAUGCAUAGAUUGAAAGCUGAUGAAUCCUAUGUCAUUGGUAAGAAGGGCCAGUUCUCUCCUGUUCAGGCUUACUUGCAAAUCGAUGAGAUCAUCAGUAUUGCCAAGAAGCACAAUGUGAAUAUGAUCCACCCAGGAUAUGGUUUUCUUUCUGAAAAUUCAACUUUCGCCCGUAAGGUUGAGGAAGCUGGAAUUGCAUGGAUUGGUCCCUCCUAUAAUACCAUUGACUCUGUUGGUGACAAGGUUUCUGCCAGAACUCUCGCUUUGAAAAACGAUGUCCCCGUUGUGCCCGGUACUCCUGGCCCUAUCGACUCCACCGACGAAGCUAAAGAAUUUGUUGAGAAAUAUGGCUUCCCAGUUAUCAUCAAAGCUGCUUUUGGUGGUGGUGGCCGUGGUAUGAGAGUCGUCAGGGAGGGCGACUCUAUUGAAGAUGCUUUCAACAGAGCCAAGUCUGAGGCAUUGACAGCCUUUGGUAAUGGAACAUGCUUCAUUGAGAGAUUUUUGGAUAAACCAAAGCAUAUUGAAGUUCAAUUGCUUGCUGACAACUACGGCAAUGUCAUUCACUUGUUCGAGAGAGAUUGUUCUGUUCAAAGAAGACAUCAGAAGGUGGUUGAGAUUGCUCCGGCUAAGAAUUUGCCAAAAUCUGUGAGAGAUGCCAUUUUAACUGAUGCUGUUAAGUUGGCUAAAUCAGCGAAUUACAGAAACGCCGGAACCGCUGAGUUCUUAGUGGAUGAACAAAACAGACACUAUUUUAUUGAGAUCAAUCCAAGAAUUCAGGUCGAGCAUACCAUCACCGAAGAAAUCACAGGUGUUGAUAUAGUAGCAGCUCAAAUUCAGAUUGCUGCAGGUGCUUCUUUGCAACAGUUGGGCUUGCUCCAGGAUAAGAUUACUACCCGUGGAUUCGCCAUCCAGUGUAGAAUCACAACAGAAGACCCUGCAAAGAAUUUUCAACCAGAUACUGGAAAGAUCGAAGUAUACCGUUCUGCAGGUGGUAAUGGUGUAAGGUUAGACGGUGGUAAUGGCUUUGCUGGUUCUGUAAUUUCUCCUCACUAUGAUUCGAUGUUGGUGAAAUGUUCAUGCUCUGGCUCAACAUACGAAAUAUCAAGAAGAAAGAUGUUGAGAGCUUUGAUCGAAUUCAGAAUUAGAGGAGUUAAAACCAAUAUUCCUUUCUUGUUGGCAUUGCUCACCAACGAAACCUUCAUUCAGGGUAACUGUUGGACGACUUUUAUUGACGACACGCCAUCAUUGUUCAGAAUGAUCUCCUCUCAAAACAGAGCUACAAAGUUGUUGAGCUAUUUGGGCGACUUGGCUGUCAAUGGUUCCUCUAUCAAAGGCCAAAUGGGUAUGCCUAAGCUCCUUACCGAGGCUUUGAUCCCGAUUUUACAUGACCCAAAGACUGGUAUUGAAAUCGAUGUCGAAUCUCCUGUGAAGCCAAGAGGCUGGAGGCAAGUGCUUCUUGAGCUUGGACCAGAGAAGUUUGCAAAACAAGUCAACGACUUCAAGGGUACUUUGAUCACUGAUACCACUUGGAGAGAUGCUCAUCAGUCCUUGUUGGCCACCCGUGUGAGAACUAUUGACUUGGUCAAUAUUGCUCCAACCACAGCUCAUGCCUUAAAUGGUGCUUUCUCUUUGGAGUGUUGGGGUGGCGCAACGUUUGACGUGUCGAUGAGAUUCCUCCACGAAGAUCCUUGGGCCCGUUUGAGAAAGUUGAGAGAAUUGGUUCCUAACAUUCCUUUCCAGAUGUUGUUGAGAGGCGCAAAUGGUGUGGCAUAUUCUUCGUUGCCAGACAAUGCGAUUGACCAGUUUGUCAAAGAAGCGAAGGAGAAUGGUGUUGAUAUUUUCAGGGUCUUUGACGCUCUCAAUGACUUGGAUCAAUUGAAGGUUGGUGUCGAUGCAGUAAAGAAAGCAGGGGGAGUUGUUGAAGCUACUGUUUGUUUCUCCGGUGACAUGUUGAACCCAGAUAAGAAAUACAGUUUGGAUUACUACUUGAAUGUCGUGGACAAGAUUGUUGAGAUGGGUACUCACUUCAUUGGCAUCAAGGACAUGGCUGGUACAAUGAAGCCAAAGGCUGCAUCUCUUUUGAUUGGAUCUAUCAAGAAGAAGUAUCCCCACAUUCCAAUUCAUGUUCACACUCAUGACUCUGCGGGAACUGGUGUUGCAAGCAUGGAUGCUGCUGCUAAGGCUGGUGCCGACGUCGUUGAUGCCGCUUCUAAUUCAAUGUCCGGUAUGACUUCUCAACCAUCCAUCAGUGCUUUGCUUGCUUCGCUUGAAGGCGAUGUCCAACACGGAUUGGAUGAAAGCUUGGUGAGAGAGCUUGACAACUACUGGGCUCAGAUGAGAUUGUUGUACUCUUGUUUCGAGGCCGAUUUGAAGGGUCCUGAUCCGGAGGUAUAUCAACACGAGAUUCCAGGUGGUCAAUUGACUAACUUGAUCUUCCAGGCUCAGCAACUAGGCUUAGGCGAAAAAUGGUUGUUGACUAAAGAAAAGUAUAAGGUAGCCAACAAACUUUUGGGAGAUGUUGUUAAAGUUACCCCAACUUCCAAGGUUGUUGGUGAUUUGGCUCAAUUUAUGGUUUCCAACAACUUGACCGAAGAAGAUGUUAUCAAGCUAGCCCCAGAAUUGGACUUCCCUGGCUCUGUUUUAGAUUUCAUGGAAGGAUUAAUGGGUACUCCAUAUGGUGGCUUCCCCGAGCCUCUCAGAACAAAUAUGUUGGGCAACAAGAGGCCUAAGUUGGAUAAGAGACCCGGCUUGACCUUGGCGCCAAUCGACUUCGUGAAAGUGAAACAAGAGUUGGUAUCACGCUACGGCGAGAGCAUUACCGAGAGCGACAUCGCAUCUUAUGUUAUGUAUCCAAAGGUAUACGAAGACUUCCGUGCUAUCGUCGAGAAGUACGGUGACUUAUCAGUGUUACCUACACGUUAUUUCUUAAAACCAUUGGACAUCAACGAAGAGAUUGUGGUCGAUAUUGAGCAAGGCAAGACUUUGAUUAUUAAGUUGUUGGCCAUCGGCGAGAUCUCCAAGAAGACUGGAACUCGUGAGGUUUUCUUUGAAUUAAACGGUGAGAUGCGUUCAGUCACUAUCGAUGAUAAAACCAUUUCAAUUGAGACCAAAACACGUCCAAAGGCCGCUCAGCCAAAUGAUGUUGGGGCGCCAAUGGCUGGUGUUGUUUUGGAGAUCAGAGUCAAGAAAGACCAGGAAGUCAAGAAGGGAGACCCUAUUGCUGUAUUGAGUGCAAUGAAGAUGGAGAUGGUUAUUAGUGCACCAGUCAGUGGUAAAGUGGGCGAGGUUUUGAUUAAGGAAGGCGACUCGGUUGAUUCUGCUGAUUUGAUCACCAGUAUCUUCAAGUAG